GUCUCUUCCUAUCUCUGCAUCAUUUCCUGCUCCUGUAAAGGAGGAGCUGCAGGGAAAAUCUACACAGCAGCAAAGGCAGCUGAAAGCACUAUGUAUAAGCACGUGUUCCUAACAGGGCCCCCAGGUGUUGGGAAAACGACCCUAAUUCAAAAAGCUUCUGAUGUUUUAAAAUCAUCUGGUGUUCCCAUUGACGGAUUUUACACAGAGGAAGUUAGACAAGGAGGCAGAAGAAUUGGAUUUGAUGUUGUAACAUUGUCAGGGAAACGUGGAAUCUUAUCAAGAAUUGGUUCUGAUUUACCUACAGGACGGCGAGAAUACAGAGUUGGGCAGUAUGUGGUGGACGUUAUAUCUUUUGAGACCCUUGCGCUUCCAAUACUUAACAAUGUUACAAGUACAAAUCCAAAACAAAAAACCUUGUGCGUAAUUGAUGAGAUUGGUAAAAUGGAGCUGUUCAGUCAAUCGUUCAUUCAUUCCGUACGUAAAACUCUGGACUGUCCUGGUGCUUUGGUGUUUGGAACUAUUCCAGUGCCCAAAGGAAAACCAAUACCUCUUGUUGAAGAGAUAAGAAGCAGGCGAGAUGUUAAAGUGUUUAAUAUUACAAAAGAAAAUAGAGAUGGCAUACUGCAAGAAAUACUGAAUGCUCUACAGGAAUAUAAUAAGUAAAUCAGAAAUCUGACCUUAUUAAUGAGAGAAAUAGUGUUUACGUUUCAACGGGAAUAUUAUACUUAUUUUACAGUUGGGCAAUUUGUUUUUGAAUUUUAUGUUACAAAUAGGUUUAUUUUAAUGCUUUGAAUAACUGUCUGUUAAAGGGCCAUAAUACCCAAAUGUUUAAACACUUGAAAGUGAUGCAGCAUAGCUGUAAAAAGCUGACUAGAAAAUAUCACCUGAACAUCACUAUGUAAAAAAGAAAGAUAUUUUACCUCAAAAGUUUCUCAGUAGCCACAUCACAUUGUAAAGGACGUCUAAGCAACAAAUUAGUAUGUCUGUCCCGGGACAGCGGAAGGAGCGAGCUUAUGUGCACUCUCAUCUUAUUUCCCUAUUCAGCUUAAGGAAGUUUACAAUGAAAUCUCAUGAGAGUUAAGUGAAAUCUCAUGAGAUCACAGUAAAAGAGUUCAUGACCUCAGCAUUGUUGAUGCUGAUUGGCUGCUGUUCAUUUCUUCAUUUUUUUUUCUUCUUUUACCUGCAGCUGAGCAGCAUCUGAGUAUAACUUUUUACACAGAACUUACUCUGCUGAGCUGAGGAAAUUGUGAGGUAAAAUAUCUUCCUUUUUUACAUAGAGAUGCUCAGGUGAUAUUUUCCUGUCAGCUUUUUACAGUUAUACUGCAUCAGUUUCAAGUCAUUUAGCAUAUGAGUAUUAUGUCCCUUUAAAUUAGAAACAAUAAUAUAAAAAAGAGGUGUUUGGUUAAAAGUGUUAUAGUUAUGAUUUAGAUAGAGAAUACAAUUUUAAACAACUUUCCAAUUUGCUUCAUUCUUUUGAAUCUUUUGUUGAAGGAGCAGCAAUGCACUACUGGGCGUUUUCUGACCACACCUAGUGAGCCAAUGAAAAGAGGCAUAUAUGUGCAGCCACCAAUCAGCAACUAGCUCCCAGUAGUACAUUGCUGCUCCUGAGCCUACCUAGGUAUGCUUUUCAAGAAAAAAAAUUAACAAGAACAAAGCAAACAUAGAAGUAAAUUGGAAAGUUGCUUAAAAUUGCCUGCUCUAUCAGAAACAUAAAAGUUUAAUUUUGACUUUACUGUACCUUUAAAUAUGUUCAACUGACAUUGUAUAAUAAAGUUGGAGCAAACUGAAUGUAUAAA